GUUCUCAACAAGCCGUGAGUAAACUGAGGAUUUCCCGGCUGAAAGGACUCAGUGUCUGCCUGUCCCCGGCCCAGAAAUGAAAGAGAGUUUCAGCCGAUCCUCAUUGUGGGGCCUGCUGAAAAAGCAGCCCGGGUCGCCCCGGCCAGCCCCGGCCAGCCCCGGCGUCCUGAAUCGGAGCCCUGUGCGCGCCAGGCCGGGCCGCGCGCCCGGGUUGCAGGAUGGCGUGCCCAGGCCAGCCCAUCUGCGGCCGCGGGCCGGCGGGGAGGAAGCGUCCCUGGGGAUGAAUGGGGCUUUGUUCGUAGGCAGCCGCGGCUACCCUCUGCAGGCCCGGCCCGCACAACAGAAGCUGUAUGCAAGAGGAAUGGAAAUGAGCCUCAGGCCCUGCCGAAGGAGCCCCAUCCCCUUCCCUGCGCGGGGCUGAGGAAUGCUGGCCAGCCGGAAAGGAACCCUCGCUGGGAACGCCGCUCUCGCGCCUCUGAAACCCCAUUGAGAAGAACCCUUUGAUGCAAUUAAAGCACAUUUCAUUGCAGGCCUGGGAGGAGGGAACGACCGGCAAGCUUUUUUCUGUCUCGGACGUGUGUGUGCACCUUUGUGGGCUGGGUUACUUAGAGACCAGGUGGGAACUUGAGCUCCCUCUCUCGCAGACGUUCUGUAACAUCAGAAAAGCGUACCCAUAAACAGAUUGGUUUUCACCAGGGGUGGAACCCAAUUUGGACACGAUCCAGGCUGACCUGCAGGCCGGGGUUCCUACUUUGAAAGGCUCUUUGGUGCGCCUUACACCCACCUUCCCUGCUGUAAAGGUUUAGGCGGAAAAGAAAUUGCGUUUGCAGGAGGAAGUUGUUUCUGAGGUUACUGCUCAGCGUUUUCCAUUUUCUCAGUGGUGGGGUGGGCCGUGUCGCAUAUCCAGAAGUGAUGUCACAGCCAGACCUGCAAAAUGAUGUAACCUGCAAGUGUUGAAGGACGACGAUGGGACAGCUAUUUUGAUACUCGUAUUAUUUUAUAACAUUUCCCUACUUUUUCCACUGAGACAACUGUGGGACCUCAGAAAAUCCACAUAGCCUCUCUGAACUUAGUAUUUUUUGUAUGUUAAAAUGAAUAUCACAAAGCCAGAGAACGAAUGUGAUGAAGUUCUGGUGCUUGUGGAAUUCUUUCUAAGUUGGAGGUGGACACUUUAUAUACCUGCACAGGUGGAAGAUAUGUGGGUAAACGAAAAGAUCCUAUUGGGACCUCUAUUUGGUUGACUUUGUGUCACUUUUUACUAGGGCUAAUUGUCUAAUGUCUCUUUCCACUAGUGUAUGCCUCCUUGAGAACGUGAACCUUUAAACAAUAACAACAAUAACAACAACAAAACGAAGACAGACUCCUGUCUGCUCUCCCAGGCUAGAGUGCAGCGUGCAAUGGCAGCCUACAGUAAGGCAGAAUUCCUGGCCUCAAGCUAUCCUCCCGCCCCACCGUGGCCUCCUGAAGGGCUCCGAUUACAGGAGGGAGCCACUGCACCCAGCCAAACCUGUCUUUUAUUCUGUAUCUCCUGUGCCCAGAGCGGUCACUGGCCCUGAUAAGGGCUCAACAAAUAUGUUGAGUGAAUGAACGAAUACAUUCAGGAGUGUAGGGAUUGAUACUAA